AUGCUUGGCGCAGGCCAAGAAGUUGGCCGCUCAUGCUGCGUCCUUCAGUAUCGUGGAAGAACGAUUGUUUGUGAUACGGGUGUGCAUCCUGCGCACAGUGGGAUGGCGUCCCUUCCGUUUAUCGACGAAUUAGACUGGAGCACUGUAGAUGCCAUACUUAUUACGCAUUUUCACUUGGAUCAUGCCGCUGCUUUGACGUACAUAACCGAAAAAACAAAUUUCAGAGAUGGAAAGGGCAAGGUUUACAUGACUCACCCGACGAAAGCAGUGCACAAGUUCAUGAUGCAGGAUUAUGUUCGGACGAGUUCAUCGUCUUCUGAUGCUCUAUUUUCGCCUUUGGACAUGACGAUGUCCCUGGCUUUCAUCAUCCCUGUUUCAGUGCACCAACUGAUCACUGUUUGCCCUGGAGUCUCCUUCACUCCCUAUCAUGCUGGCCACGUCCUGAUUCUCUACACUGGCGACUACUCUCGAGAAGAGGACCGGCAUCUUGUCAAAGCAGAGCUACCCCCAAUCAGACCAGAUGUGCUUAUUGUGGAGAGCACUUUCGGCACUCAAACGUUGGAAGGUCGGGAAGAAAAAGAGCUGCGUUUCACGAACCUCGUUCACUCGAUCAUCCGCCGAAACGGACACGCCCUCCUCCCUGCCUUUGCUCUCGGUCGCGCGCAAGAACUCCUACUCAUCCUUGACGAGUAUUGGAAAAAGCAUCCAGAUUUGCACAAUGUUCCUAUUUAUUACGCUUCUAGCUUGGCAAAAAAGUGCAUGGCUGUUUAUCAGACCUAUAUCCACACGAUGAAUUCGAAUAUCCGAUCAAGAUUCGCGAAACGAGAUAACCCUUUCGUAUUCAAGCAUAUCUCGAAUGUCCCUCAAACUCGUGGUUGGGAGAAGAAGAUUGCUGAAGGACCUCCGUGUGUUGUGCUUGCUAGUCCCGGAUUCAUGCAAGUCGGACCCAGUCGAGAGCUGUUUGAGCUAUGGGCAUCGGACUCGCGAAAUGGAUUGGUUGUCACUGGAUACUCUAUUGAAGGAACCCCGGCUAGGGACCUCCUGAACGAGCCAGAAGACUUUGUCACACUCAAGGGCAACACUAUACCAAGAAAGAUGUCUGUGGAAGCUAUUUCAUUCAGUGCUCACGUCGACUAUUCUCAGAACUCUGAAUUUAUCGAGGCUGUUGGUGCUCAGCAUGUGGUGUUGGUCCAUGGCGAACAAAACACGAUGGGCCGGCUGAAAGCAGCCAUGACAUCGAGAUACAAGGAGCGGAAGGAAGACGUCAAGAUCCAUACGCCUAGGAAUCUAGAAACAUUGCAGUUGUCCUUCCGGGGCGAGCGAGUGGCCAAGGCUAUCGGUACUCUUGCAGACAGACCGCCACAGCCAAGCGAUAUCCUCGAGGGACUGUUGGUCGCGAAAGACUAUUCUUAUACCCUCCUAGACCCGCGUGACUUGCGCGACUUUGCGGGUCUGACGACGUGUACAGUUACUCAACGGCAGAAGAUUGUUCUGGGUGUUGGCUGGUUACUAGUCAAAUGGCACUUAGAAGGUAUGUAUGGCUCGGUGGAGGAAGGGCUGGACAAGGACGGUGUUCCGACCAUGAGGGUUAUGGGCGUCGUUGACGUUAAGCUUACCGCCGAGCACGAAAUGACUCUGGAAUGGGAGUCGAGCUCUAGCAAUGACAUGAUCGCUGACUCGACUUUGGCGCUCAUCACUGGAAUCGACAAGAGCCCUGCUUCGGUAAAACUAACGACCAGCUCACACUCACACUCGCAUUCUCCUUCUGAAGCAGAGCAUAAGCAUCCGCACGCGGACCAUGAAGGCGAGGAAGCCUCUCGUCUGAGAAUCCAAAGACUGUGCAUGUUCCUCGAAGCUCAUUUUGGCGACGUCGAACUACAUAUGCCCGAAGCCACCGACGAAGAGCCAGAAUUGGGCGAAGAUGAUCGGGACCCAUCUCUCCUUGUUCGCCUUGAUGAGGCUGAUGCUCAGAUCAGUCUUGUUACGCUGACCGUGGGAAGUUCCAGUGAAACUUUGAAGAAACGGGUGGAGGCUGUCCUGGAUAUGGCGCUGACCACGGUGGGCUCGCUUUCGGAAUCUUUUGCAUCGGGGGCUCCGUUGGUAGACACUGGUGUAUCACAAGACAAGGGUGAUAAAGCGGCCGACACUGAGAUGGGCCACACCGAAGCACAGUCGGUGACAGCUUAG